AUGUCGCAAAUGCCGGAAGCAGACGGUAGCGACGACUACUAUGAACCAAUGACUGUUGACGACGAAAACGACGAGUCCCCUCAAGGUGGCGAUAAGGUUGUUGAUCAGGAUUUCUUUAAUGAUUUUUCGGAUGACUUUGAUGACGAGGAUCUCAAAUAA